AUGGUUCCUCCAAAAAAAGAUGCAUUUGCAGAUUUAUUUCAAUCUGCAAGUAGUGGAAAUAGCACUAGCAGCUUGAACUUAAAGCUCAACAAUUUGUCACUAUCAGAACGUCAAAAGUUACAGCAACAACAACAACAACAACAAAGACAACAAGCUUUUCAACAACCUACAAAAAACAAUCUACUUCAAUCUCAAUCCCAGAACAAUUCCGUCAAUUCAAGCUGGUCAAACAUUGAUAUUUUGACGCCAAGUAGGACAGCUAGUCCAGUAAGCAAUAGUGGAAAUUCCGAGCUGGGUGUUUCACUUCACCAAACAGGUAUCUUGUCGGCCCAACCAGAAGAUCCAUUUCUGAUCUUUCUAGAAAGCAAGUCCCAAAACCUGUCUAGUAAGUCGGACCCAACCCCUGUUAAUAGGGACAACUCAAAAUCAGCUGAGAUUUCUUUGUUGGACGAUGAUUUCACCGAUUUUUUCCAAGAAAGUAAAUCGGCUUCGAAGUCAGUUGCAUCUCCUUCUAUACUGUCACAAACUUCCGAAGCAGAGUCCCACCUGACAGUUCUGCAUAGCAAGAGAGCUUCAAAUAGAGCUAAUGAGCAAAAAGAUUUUGUUGUUGCUGAAUUGGUUGACAUUGGAUUUAGUGUCGAAGAUGCUAAUGAGGCCAUUAACAAAAGAGGGUUAGAUUUGCAGAAAUGUGUCAAUUAUAUUAUGAGUAAGAACUCGGGCAAUUCAAACACGGACAUGGUGGAGAACGGUGGUUCUGUUCUAGGUCAGCGUUCCGAAGGAAUAAAAUUGAAUGAGUUGGGCACCGAUUUAGUUAAGAAAGCAAACAGUUUCUACAAUUUUUCUAAACGAGCGGUAAUGCAAAAUUUGGAACAAUUCAGCGGUCCUAGAAGCAACAAUGACAACAUCCCAGCGUGGAUGAAGACGAAAGAGAAGUAUGAAUCAGAUGCAAUGGAGAAGAAAUAUGGAGGCGAGGAGUAUGGAACGGACGAAGAAAACAUAAAUCAAAAAGACAUAGAGCGCUUUAUGAAACAACAAAGAGAACGGAACAGAGAUAGAUCCAGAGCUCGCUUUGAAAAUUGGAUAGACGGCAAGCCAAAACAAUCUCAUCCCUCGUCUAAAGAGUCAAGUCCAGAAUUACCACAGAGACCGCUGAAUUCAAAUCGCCAUGGCAUUAUGAGCUCGCAAAAGAGAGAGCCACCUAGACGCAACGUGCAGCAGAAAGCAAGUAUUGAAUUGCCACAAAGACCAGCAAGAAAAAGUCAAGUUACUGCACCUCCAGAGAGGCCCACUUCCAUAAAUCAUCAUGCAUCCGACCCAGUUUCAGUUGACUCUUCUGUAAACAGUACUACUCCCGAUGAGGAUUUGCUUGGAUUGGGAACUUCGGGCACAUCAAAUGGUAGAAAUGCCCCUGCCCCUGGGUCUUUUCGUGAUUCAAGCCCUUUGAAUCAGUUUGUUUACACUGAUUACACUACUGCAAAGGAAAAAGCUACAGCUGCAUAUAAAUCUGGUGAUUAUACCACUGCGUUAGAAUCCUACACGAUUUGUCUUGGCUGUUUGCCUCCUAAUCAUGAAUUGCGGAUUGUUAUUUUAUCAAACUUGGCUUCAGUCAACAAGUUGCUGGGGCAUUUGAAGGAAAGUUUGGAUAAUAUCAAAGAUGCGGAAGCAUUGUUCUUGCCUCAAGAGAUUUUGAGUGAUUAUGAAAUUGCAGACAAGCUGAUCAAGUAUUGGUGUACUAAAUUGUUCAUGAUAAAGGCAGAAGUGUUGGAAUUGUUAGAGAAGUACAGCGAGGCUUUGGAACAGUACCUUGUUUUAAUAAGACAGUUGAAUUGCAACGAUAAGAAAGUUAUGGACGGUAAGCGAAGAGUCGAUAAAAUCGUUAACCCACAAAAUUACAAACCGCCUAAACCAAGUGUGUCGUCGCGUGCUUCUACACCUUCGAAUAAGACUCCUGCAGUUGAAACAAAACGGCCAACUAAGUCAGGUGACGACGAAGUUGAUGCUUUGACUAAAGACAAGAUUGAAGACAAAAUUAGAUCUUGGGCAGACGCCAAACAGAACAAUCUUCGAGCCAUGUUGACUAACUUAAAUGAGAUUAUACCUCCAAAUAUCAGAAUGAGUGAGAAAUUGCGUAAUUUAACUACCAACGAUUUGAUGCUACCAAAACAAGUAAAGAUCCAGUAUAUGAAGGUCAUUAGCAGCAUUCAUCCUGACAAAUUAGCAUCCCAAACCAAGGACAAUAGGGAACUGGGGUUGAUAUGUAAUGGAGUCUUUAUCACUUUGAAUAAGCGCUGGGAGGCAUUUAAACAGGAAGAGAAUAUAUAG